AUGGAGCGCGAUUUUGGCCUCGGAAUGAUGAAAAAUGACCGGCAACUGUCUGACGAGCCGAAAUUCGCAGUGCCAUCGCCUCGCCAUCCGUCUCGUGGCGACACCUACAACGUGAAAGAACUUCUUGCCAAAGCUGAGACUAACUCGGGAAUGCUCGUCAUCCGUGGUAAGCUUGAAACUCAUCUACGCACAAUAGAAACUGUUCCAGGAGGAAGAGUGAAAGCCGAUUACAGUCGGUUGAAGUUCGAGGAGGACAUUGGGCACGGCAGUUGUGGAACUGUGACUAAGUGCUCUUACGAUGGCGUGAUCAUGGCCGUAAAGACUAUGCCACGCACUUCGAACAACUACGAGAUGUCGCGCAUCUUCAUGGAUCUCGAUGUCAUCUGUCUCUCCUUCGACUGUCCGUACAUUGUCCGUUGCUUCGGGUAUUUUAUCACUCCGGUGAGUUUGGGAAAUCGGGCGUGCACUUUGAGCUGAACAGAAGCUCAGGUUUUCCCUAGGGUACGCCCAAUUAAAGUUGGACUUUCUGAUUUUCAGUAUGACGUUCGUGUUUGCAUGGAAUGCAUGGCGACUUGCCUCGACCGUCUUCUCAGUGUCAUCAGACAGAAAAUCCCGGAGGACGUCAUCGGCAAACUCAGCAUCAGCAUCGUCAAGGCCUUGCACUAUUUGAAGACUAAGCAUGUAAGCUCUCAGAGGGACAAGAACGGAAGAGGGAUAGAAAACCUGUCUAAUCCUAUCUUUUUCAGCAAAUCAUGCACCGUGACGUUAAGCCAUCCAACAUCUUGCUCGACUGGAACGGCAUCAUCAAGCUCUGCGACUUUGGUAUUGCCGGAAAGCUUAUCGAGUCGCGUGCGCAUUCCAAGCAGGCAGGUUGCCCGCUCUACAUGGGUCCUGAGCGUCUGGACCCCAAUAACUUGGAGUCGUAUGACAUUCGCAGUGAUGUUUGGUCAUUGGGACUGACUUUCGUCGAACUGGCGACUGGAAACUAUCCGUACGCGGGCAACGAGUUCGAGAUGAUGACCAAGAUCCUCAGCGGAGACCCACCAUUCCUGAAGACCACCGAUGGCUACAGUCCGGAAUUGUGCCAACUUGUCGAGUGGUGCCUUCAGCGUACCCCAUCCCAACGCCCGAACUACGACGAUAUUUUGGUAAGUCGCGAUCGAUGAAAUGAGCAAGUUUGGAACGAAUCUCCGUUUCCAGAAACAUCCGUUCGUCCAAAUUCACGAGGAAAAAGUUACUGACGUCGAGGAGUGGUUCGCUUCCGUAAUGAUUCAGGCAGAGUCCAAAAAAGCAGAAGAAGCGAAGGCAGCGAACAGAGAACUGGGGAAGGAACUCACAGAUUACGAAUAA